GUAAAAAUAUUUGUAAAAUAUAACAUAGAGAAAAAUUGAAUAAUAUAUAUAAAAAGAGGCUAUAAUUGCAUCGUGUGGAAGUGCACGCGCGCGAAUGUGGUUCAAUAUUCCCAAUGGUGUCAACGAAAUGUAAGAUAGAAAGACAAGAAAGGCAAUCGACAUUUUAGCCGCGGAUGAUUCCACUUACACAUAACCUCACUUAUUUCGACACUUAUGCAUACUAUAUGAUAAAUAAUAAUUGUACAUGUGCAUUUGCAAAUACAAUUUUUGUAAUGCACAUAUUAAAGUCAAGUUGACCAACGUAUGUCUAAUUAACAGUUUCAUUUGAGAAUCGAGCAUAUAUAUACAUGUAUGAAUACGUGUGCGCGUGUAUAUAAAUAAAUAUAUAUAGACGUAAAAAUGUAAACGAUGAAGUUCUAUAAACAGAGAAAAUAUACAUGAGAGAGAGAGAGAGAGAGAGAGAGAGAAAGUGGUAAAAGAACAUAUUAAAAAAUAAACUUUACACCUAGUCUUCAUUUCGAUCUUUUUGGAGGGGUGUGUCAAAUCGCCGUUUUUGUACUAGUGGCUCCCUAAAGGAAAAACUAUAAUACAAUUGAAAUAUGUAAGAGUGCCAAUGAAAAUAUUAAAAAAUUCGAAACCCAUAAAAGUUUAAAAGAAAAAAAAUAAGGUUAGGAUAACUGAGAAAAAUGAAUACAGGUAGAUGUGUAAGAUAAAAGAAGUAAAACAAUAACUGGAGUGGAGAAAAAAAUAGUGUUGUGUCAUGAUGCAGAAUGAAACCUGUUGUCCUGUCCUGGGAGCUCACGAAUUUCGGCAGGGUUUCUACUGCUUACUGCCGUGGAGUACAAGCAAAAUUUCAUCAGUCUGUCGUCCACAUUUGCAGCAAGUGUUACAACAAUAUUGCAAUUGUUGUCAGCAGGUAUUUUCCAACAACACAGACAGAUAUUUACAACAGAAACUUUAUCAGUGGUUCAACCCUCAUCAAUUGGACAGAGCAAAAGAGUACACCAUUGCCCUACUUCUUCUUGGUAUAUCAAUCAAGUACUACAACAGUGCACACACCAAUCUCUAACACCUGCAGGUGCACAUCGUCAGUGUUCGGAAGCGCUCGAUGUUAUUAUCAUCACUGGACGAGUAUUGCAAGGGUUCGAUGUACCAGGGGAAUUUCUAAGAGUGUCACUGACUCAAAGCUUACCUCACACGGACAUAUGUUCCAGAUGCCCGGUAUGCUCAAGUCAAGCGGAGCUUAUUCAAUCGAACAAAAUCAUAAAUUUGUAUUGGCGAUACUAUUAUCAUUUUCAUUGCCAAAAUCAAAAUUAUCAGAAUUUUUCGGCUUAUCGAAUAAUUUACAGAACAGAAAUAAAAGUUGUACGUCACAAUAUCAACAAUGCGAAGAACGAAAUAAGCGCCGAGCUUUUUGGCAGCAAUGCCGAGACGCUAUACGUGGCCGCGGCAGCUCGUUGGCCUGCGACCCGCAAGCUGCAAGCAAAGCGGGACUUGUCUAGAGUCCUUGCAUUGGCGCUCAUGCGAUUCGACGCCUGUCCCACAAUUAACCGAGCCACGGGACCGUUCGUAUUAGCAGUAUCAGCAUCCAAACGACAAACAAUACUAUCGUUAUCACCGCUACUACCGCUAUCACAACCACACUUACCACCAGUACCAUUGUUAGCUUCAACAGUAACAACAGCCACUACGACCAAAACGACGGAAAGUCACGAUAGGGAUGAUGUGGCCCCUAAACGCUCAAUUACUGCCUUGGCUGAGAAAUCGCCAUUUAGUGACGAGAAGACAUUUGCUGCUCACAGCACUGCCUUUAAAAGGAGUCGACGCGUUGAGUGGUACUCUCAACCGAUUUUGUUCAUGCUUUAUUUAUUAGCGUUGCUACUGGAGAUGUCUGGUCGUCACUGUGCUGUGGCAGGAGUUGAAACAACAUUCAACUUGAGUUCGAUGUCACUUGACAACAGUAAAAGCGGAGUGGUAGAGGAACAACAUCCUUACAACGAAUACAUUUGGGAGCUGAACCAGUUGAACCCGUGGCUGUCGGCGUGCGAUCUGGCAGGACCGGCGCCCGCUGAUCUCCAGGGUAGUUGUGGGCCUCCGGAAGUGCCAAAAAAUUGUCCAGCCCCUUGCAAAAAAUUACAUGAACGUAUGGAUAAUUUAAGCCUGUUUGACGAUGUUAUGAAAUCAUUGAAAUACAUUGGAAAUACAACAUUGGCGCACCGUAAAACACAGCAAAAGAAAUCGUCAAAUGGUGAAGAAACGACGAUAGCUCCGGAACAGUGCCUUUUUUACCUCGAGGAGUCGCAUAAACAAGAUGUCUGUCGAGAAGACUUUGGCCAAGCCAGCUCCUGGAGUUUUAUGAGCCCACGAGAAAAUCGAUAUUGGUUAAUGAGCGGUCUGCGUUUGAGGCAUUGCUGCGAGCAUGCAGCAGUGAACGCCUUGGCGCCUGGCAAAGGUGGACCGUUUGAAGCUGUACUCAAUGGUGGCGAUGGUUGUGUGAAAGCUAUGGAAAAGUUACUUUUAGUGGAUGCACUUGCCGCUAGAUUACACUGCGAGUUCGAAGAAGUACUGGCUCGUUAUGACUGCGGUCAGUCUUAUUCCGUCAUUCACAAUUGCACCCACUGCAAGGAAGCGUACAGACAAUGGGUGUGCAGCUCCCUGGUGCCUUACUUUGCUCACGAAGGGCCACUGGAUUUGGAACCCUCAGAUAAGUCUUGGACCGGUCGAAGAUUACGGCCUUGUCGAUCUCUUUGCCAAUCUGUAGAGCAACGCUGUCCUUACUUACUUCCAGGAGAUCGUGCACCUGCAUAUCCUACACAAUACGCGGGUGAACCUACAUUUCUGUGUCGAGAUCCUAAUAUACCUGAGACGGGCAAACAGGCAACAAGAGCAUUACAUCCAAAUUCCGAGGAUGAAUGUUGCUUUAAAAUUUGUUCAGAAGAGAAGCCAGCAUUGGGUAUUUGCGCUAAUUGUUUAGGCCAUAUACCUAAGAUAGGUUUUAAAUAUCGUGAUCCAUCAGUAGCACCUCAGUGUGAGAUUAUUACAUCUUUGUCAGGUCAACAACAAGCGCAGCCCACACUGCAACAAUUAUCACUAUGCGGUAGUGGUGGAAUUGGUUCAAUGAUUGACAAUGAAAAUUCGGUUUUUGUUGAUUCAUCAGUCUCUUCUCUACUUUCGGACUUAUCGAGCAAAACAUCACUACCAAUUACCACCAAUUCCGUUAGCGCAAGCUCGUCAUCAACAUCUAUCGUGAAAUCAUCAUCGGUACCAUUGUUAUGUUUCUUUUCGCUUUGUAAUUUAUUUUUUUGUAGUCAAUAUGCAACGAAUCAUUUACUUGGAAUCACUAAUAUUAUGAAAUACUUUGAAAGUCUUUGUACAUCUUUCAUUGAAAUCUUCAAACUAUUUCUUAUAGAAUUGUUAUCGAUUUUAAAUUAUUUUCUUCAAGAUUGUAGUUUUAAUUACCUAAACAAUAUUCAUGGACAUUUUCAUCUUAUGAUACAGCUUAACGCCUCGUUUAACUUUCUUACUGCUUUGAUUUCAAUGACUAAAAAUGGUAUAGUUAUUGCAGAGCGAUAUGUAUAUCAAGGAUACCGAUGCUACUAUUAUUAUUGUUAUCGAUGGUGGCUUUGGCCUCGUCGUUGGAAGAAUUUCAUCUUACAUAGAUACAGUUUGUAUAGAUUCUGUAGUAUCAAAGAAUAUUGUUGCCUCUGGUGCUAUUGGUGCUGGCUUUGGCCACAUAGGUGGAAGAAGAAAGAAUUCAGAAUUAUUUUAAAUAAGGAUCGUAUUUACUUAUCUCUAAAAUCGCGGAAAAAACGUCGACGGAAAAUGCGUUUUAACGCGUUUUGUCGUAAAUUUGACCUUGUCCGAUCUACCUCUUGUUGUAGAGAAUCUCCAUAAUCAAAAUUUAGAAA